UAAAUUCUAGUACAGGAUAAUCAGGAUGAAAAGAUGGCAGCCAUGCUGUUACCAACGGGUCCUGAUGGCUUGCGCCGGUUCACUCGCGAAUCCCUGGCCGCCAUCGAGCAGCGGAUUGCCGAGGAGCAGGCCAAGAACGCCAAGGAUUACCAGGAGGAUCUGGGCAACGUGGAGCUGCCCAUGUCCAGGCCCGACCUGGAGGCCGGAAAACAACUUCCACGCAUCUUUGGUGACAUUCCCCCAGGACUGGUUGGGGUACCUCUGGAUGACAUCGAUCCCUUCUACUUCAAGAAUCAGAGGACUUUUAUAGUAGUUAAUAAAGGGACGGCCAUCUUCCGGUUCAGUGCCACGUCUGCUCUCUAUAUAUUUACCCCUUUCACCUUCCUCAGAAGAAUCUCCAUCAAAGUCCUGGUCCAUUCAUUAUUCAGCUUGUUCAUUAUGUGUACUAUUCUGACCAACUGUUGCUUCAUGGCCAUGUCGGACCCCGCCCCUUGGACCAAGUACCUGGAGUACACGUUCACCGGUAUCUACACCUUUGAGUCCAUGAUAAAGAUAUUUGCGAGAGGAUUCUGUGUCGGGCCGUUCACCUUCCUGAGAGACCCAUGGAACUGGCUAGAUUUUAGUGUAAUCUCUAUGGCAUAUCUCACGGAGUUUGUGGAUCUGGGAAACGUGUCUGCGUUGAGAACAUUCAGGGUCCUCCGAGCGCUGAAAACCAUCUCUGUCAUUCCAGGCCUGAAGACCAUCGUUGGUGCUCUGAUCCAGUCAGUGAAGAAGCUUGCCGACGUGAUGGUCCUGACUGUGUUCUGCCUGAGCGUGUUCGCUCUCAUCGGCCUGCAGCUCUUCAUGGGCAUCCUGCGGCAGAAGUGCGUCCGUAGCGCGGCACACUGCGUCAACUCGUCAUACAACGUCAACGACACCUUCACCUGCAACAACAGGACCUGGAGCUCCAUGAACGACUUUGUCACCAAUGAAGAUAAUUUCUACAAAGUUGAAGGAGCAAAGGAUGCCUUAAUUUGUGGAUAUGGACAAGAUGCAGGGAAGUGUCCUGAGGGAUUUGACUGUCUGAGAAUAGGAAGGAACCCUAACUAUGGUUAUACCAGCUUUGACAGCUUUGGCUGGGCUUUCCUGGCGCUGUUCCGGCUGAUGACCCAGGACUACUGGGAGAACCUCUAUCAUCAGACUCUGCGUUCAGCAGGGAAAACCUACAUGGUCUUCUUUGUGCUGGUCAUCUUUCUGGGUUCCUUCUACCUGGUCAACCUGAUCCUGGCUGUGGUGGCCAUGGCCUACGAGGAACAGAACCAGGCCACCAUCCAGGAGGCCUGGAUGAAGGAGAGAGAGUUCCAGCUGGCCAUGGAACAUGUACGCAGAGAACAGAGGAUGGCCGAGAGAAGAAUCCAGCAGGAGACAGACUCGGUCAUGUCUCCAGAGCUGUCCCCGUUUCAACUCAAAGUGAGCAGUAGUUUGAAACGGACAGCCAGUAGAAGAUCUCGCAGGAUGCUGUCCGAGGAUCCAGAGGACGAAUCAGACGAGAAGUUUGAUCCACUGGAUGAGCGGGUGGUACGACAGACACUUUUUACAUUUCCCCCUGCCUCCCCGUCUCCCAUGCCCGUCCACCCUCUCCUUGCUGCCAUGUCGUCUCACCCUCUCAGCACUCGCCGUGGCAGCCAGGCCAGUAUCUUCUCCUUCAGACCCUGUACCACCUCUGAUGCCGACUUCGGGGAUGACGAGUACAGUGUUCACGGGGACAUCAUGGGGAGGAGCAGGGCAGGCUCCACCAUCGGCCCCAACUGGCAACACAAGCACAAAAGGACAGGCAGUGUGAGGAGCCAUUGCUCCCAGGUCUUCACCCCCAGUCUCAACAUCAACGGACGUCUCAACAUCUCCCUGGACCAGAACGGCGUCACCACUGUCGGCCUGCACACCCCCACCUCCCUACCCGCCUGCAGCAUGGAGAAGGUCAAAGAAGAUAAAGAGCCCACCUGUAUAGAAGAGUCCAGUGCCAAGCCAGCCCAGCUCUCCCCCGAGACUGCAGAGCCUCCCCUCCGUAGGAAACGCGGUCUGAGCUCCAUUAGCUUCCUCAGCGAUGCCAUGGAUGAGCUGGAGGAGUCUCGUCAGAAGUGCCCCCCGUGCUGGUACACUUUUGCCAAGGCGUACCUGAUCUGGGACAGGUGCCCGUGGUGGCUGAAGGUAAAGGAGUAUGUGAAGAUGAUUGUGAUGGAUCCCUUCCUAGACCUGGCAAUAACCAUCUGUAUCGUCCUCAACACCCUCUUCAUGGCCCUGGAACACUACCCCAUGACCGACGAGUUCAACAAUGUGCUCUCUGUUGGCAAUCUGGUGUUCACGGUGAUCUUCACAGCAGAGAUGGUAUUCAAGCUGAUAGCCAUGGAUCCAUACUUUUACUUCCAGCAGGGCUGGAACAUGUUUGACGGCAUCAUCGUCUGUCUCAGCCUCAUGGAGCUGGGCCUGUCCAACGUAGAGGGACUGUCCGUCCUGCGCUCCUUCAGACUGUUGCGAGUGUUCAAGCUAGCGAAGUCAUGGCCCACCCUGAACACACUGAUCAAGAUCAUCGGUAACUCCGUGGGAGCUCUGGGAAACCUGACCCUGGUACUGGCCAUUAUCGUCUUCAUCUUCGCCGUGGUGGGCAUGCAACUGUUCGGCAAGAACUACCAGGACUGCGUUUGUAAGAUCUCUAAGGAUUGUAUGUUACCCCGCUGGCACAUGAAGGACUUCUUCCACUCGUUCCUCAUCGUGUUCCGGGUGCUGUGUGGCGAGUGGAUCGAGACCAUGUGGGAUUGUAUGGAGGUGGCAGGGCAACCUCUCUGCAUCCUAGUCUUCAUGCUGGUCAUGGUCAUAGGAAACCUGGUGGUGCUGAACCUGUUCUUGGCCCUGCUGCUCAGCUCGUUCAGCUCAGACAACCUGUCAGCUCCCGACGAAGACGGAGAGAUGAACAACAUCCAGAUCGCCGUCGCCCGCAUCCACACGGGGUUCGCCUGGCUGAUGAGGAACGUCACCGACUUAUUCAACGGAAACCUGAAGAAGAGACGUCUCAUGACUAAAGACGUUCAGAUUUCUGUGAAGCUGACACCCGUAGCGAAUCACGUGGAGAGUAACGGUGGGGUGGGGGUCGGGGUGGUAGGGGUGAUCGGACGCUACGGAGAGAAGGUCCCGGACGACGACAGCUACAUGACCAACCCCAACCUGACCAUCAGUGUGCCCAUCGCUCCAGGGGAGUCGGACGUGGAGUUCCCUGAGGAAGGAGAGGUGGAGGAGGAGACGGAGUCGUCAGAGGACGAGGACAACAAAGCGGAAAAAGUGAGCCUAUCAGAAGGCAGCACGGUGGACUUGCGGAAGCCAGGGGAGGAAGAGGAUGACUUUUCUGAGACGGCUGACGAUGUUAUGGAGCCAGAUGAAUGUUUCCCUGAAUUCUGUGUUCGCCACUGUAAGUGCUGUGAGAUCAACACGACACGGGGCCUGGGUCAGGCCUGGUGGAGACUGAGGAAGACCUGUUACCAGAUUGUUGAACACAGCUGGUUCGAGACUUUUAUUAUCUUCAUGAUCCUGCUGAGCAGUGGUGCUCUGGCAUUUGAGGACAUCUACAUUGAGAAAAGGAAAGUGGUGAAGGUAAUCUUGGAGUACGCUGAUAAGGUCUUCUCCUACAUAUUCGUCCUAGAGAUGUUCCUCAAAUGGAUUGCCUACGGCUUCAAGAAGUACUUCACCAACGCUUGGUGUUGGCUGGACUUCCUCAUUGUCGAUGUGUCGUUGGUGAGCCUGGUAGCUAACUCUCUGGGCUACUCUGACUUUGCUGCCAUCAAAUCACUGAGGACUCUCCGAGCGCUGAGGCCCCUAAGGGCCCUGUCCAGAUUCGAGGGAAUGCGGGUGGUGGUGAACGCACUGAUUGGAGCCAUCCCAUCCAUCAUGAACGUCCUGCUGGUCUGCCUCAUCUUCUGGCUCAUCUUCAGCAUCAUGGGAGUCAACCUGUUCGCAGGGAAGUUUGGUAAAUGUGUGAACCGGACAGGGUUCAUCCACAAUGCGUCCAUCGUCAACAACAAGUCAGAGUGCCUGGCCAUGAACGACACUCAGUUUUAUUGGACUAAAGUCAAGGUCAACUUCGACAACGUGGGACUAGGAUACCUCUCACUGCUGCAAGUGGCCACGUUUAAAGGAUGGAUGGAAGUUAUGCAUGCUGCUGUUGAUUCACGUGGGGUAGAGGAGCAGCCAAUCAGGGAGAUCAACCUCUACAUGUACCUCUACUUUGUCAUCUUCAUCAUCUUCGGAUCCUUCUUCACUCUCAACCUCUUCAUCGGCGUCAUCAUUGAUAAUUUCAACCAGCAAAAAAGAAAGUUAGGUGGACAAGACAUUUUCAUGACUGACGAGCAGAGGAAGUACUACAACGCUAUGAAGAAAAUAGGCUCUAAAAAGCCCGAAAAGCCAAUACCAAGACCUACGAAUAUCCUCCAAGGCUUCUUAUUUGACCUGGUAUCCAAGCAAGCCUUUGACAUCAUCAUUAUGAUGCUGAUCAUCGUCAACAUGGUGACCAUGAUGGUGGAGACAGACGAUCAGUCCGCACGCAUGGAGUCCAUUCUCAACAAGAUCAACCUGAUUUUCAUCGUCAUCUUCACCACCGAAUGCCUCAUGAAGAUCGUGGCACUUCGUUGCUAUUUCUUCACCGUGGGAUGGAACAUCUUUGACUUUGUGGUUAUCAUCCUGUCCAUCGUUGGUAUCGUUCUGGCUGACAUCAUUGAGAAGUACUUUGUAUCUCCGACUCUGUUCCGUGUCAUCAGACUGGCAAGGAUAGGACGCGUACUUCGACUAAUACGUGGAGCCAAAGGAAUAAGGACUUUACUGUUUGCCUUAAUGAUGUCCAUGCCAGCGUUGUUCAACAUCGGCCUCCUGCUCUUCCUCGUAAUGUUCAUAUACGCUAUCUUCGGAAUGGCCAACUUCGCUUACGUAAAAAAAAAGGAAGGGAUAGAUGACAUGUUCAACUUUGAGACCUUUGGGAAUAGUAUGAUCUGCUUGUUCCAGAUCAGCACUUCCGCCGGGUGGGACAACGUCCUGGAGCCCAUCAUGUCUAACUCCCCAGAGGAGUGUGAAGCCUACGUCGUCAACACCGGCACCAACGUCCGAGGAAACUGCGGCAACCCGUCCGUCGCAAUCGCCUUCUGUGUCAGCUACAUCAUCAUAUCGUUCCUCAUCGUGGUCAACAUGUACAUCGCCAUCAUCCUGGAGAACUUCAGCGUGGCCACCGAGGAGAGCACCGAGCCGCUGAGCGAGGACGACUUCGAGAUGUUCUACGAGGUGUGGGAGAAGUUCGACGCAGAGGCCACCCAGUUCAUAGAGUUCUCCAAGCUGUCGAAUUUCGCAGACAACCUGUCGGAGCCGCUGCGCAUCGCCAAGCCUAACAAAAUCAAGCUGAUCUCUAUGGACCUGCCGAUGGUGAGCGGGGACAAGAUCCACUGCCUGGACAUUCUGUUCGCCUUCACCAAACGCGUGCUGGGCGAGUCGGGCGAGAUGGACGCCCUCAAGCAGCAGAUGGAGGAGAAGUUCAUGAUGGCCAACCCGUCCAAGAUCUCCCACGAACCAAUCACUACGACCCUACGCCGCAAGCAGGAAGACGUGUCUGCCAUCAUCAUCCAGCGCUGUUACAGACGCCACCUGUUGAAACGGCAGAUGAAGCAGGCCUCAUUCCUUUACAGACAGAGGAACCUUCAGACCAACCUGAACUUGCAGGAGCACAUAGUGGUGGACAUAGAGAGGGCCCCGGAGACGGAGGGCCUCAUCGCCGCCAUGAUAAAGGAACACUACGGCCCCGAGGGGCCCGACGAGGAGGAGCUGGUGGGGGUCUUGGGGGUCAUGGAAGGGACUCUGUCCUCCUCACCGCCAUCUUACGACAGUGUGACCCGGCCGGGGGCGGCUAGUGACGUUGGUCAGAUAGAACGGCUAGAAAGGCCGGGAGUCUUAGUGUUAGAACUCAGGGAACCUAGCCCCUCACAAACAUAUAGGGAACCUAGCACCUCACAAACAUAUAGGGAACCUAGCACCUCACAAACAUAUAGGGAAUCUAGCACCUCACAAACAUAUAGGGAACCUAGCACCUCACAAACAUAUAGGGAACCUAGCACCUCACAAACAUAUAGGGAACCUAGCACCUCACAAACAUAUAGGGAACCUAGCACCUCACAAACAUAUAGGGAACCUAGCACCUCACAAACAUAUAGGGAACCUAGCACCUCACAAACAUAUAGGGAACCUAGCACCUCACAAAAAUAUAGGGAACCUAGCACCUCACAAACAAAUAGGGAACCUAGCACCUCACAAAAAUAUAGGGAACCUAGCACCUCACAAACAAAUAGGGAACCUAGCACCUCACAAACAUUUGAAGAGACAUUUCUUUGAGAUAUUGUUUUCAGGAAACGUGUUUUGUGUUGUUGUUUUGUUUACAACAUGUACAGUAUCAUAACGCGGAACAACUCUCUCGGUACAAGAUGAACAUUUUUAUAGCAGAAAAUACACAGGAAUUUCAUUGGUAAAAAUGCAAAUAUUGCUUUUCUAUUAUUUAUAUAAGACCCUUUUGUCAAUCAAACAAUCAUACGAUAUGUGUAUUAAUAAUGUUUAGAAAACCCAGGCACCAUUUUUGAAGAUGGCGAUGCCACUCUAAAAAUGUAUCAUAAGCUGUACCCAAAGUAAAAGAAAGGUGAGUUAAAAAAAAAAAAAAUAGAAACUUAUAAACAAAUGUGUGAUUUCAUAUAUUCUGUCAUAACGGUUAAUUAACCAGAAAAGUGUAAAUGACAAUCAAUCAGCUCUGAAUAACAUUUUAGGAGUUGGAUUGUUUUGUUUUAACAAAUGAAUAGAGAUAAAUAUGGAGUGUUUAGAUCUUGGUUCUCGUUUUGAUUACAGAUGAUGAACUCUUCUCUUUAUUAUCAAAAAAAGAAAAUGGCAUCUUGAUUUGCUAAAAAUAUAUAUAUUUCUGAAAAAAAGUGUAUAUUUCAGUAUAUUUUCUUAUUAAUGGAUAUUUCAGGACAAAUGUUGUUGUUCUUUUCUAACUAAUGAGUUAAUAUGGUAAAGACCACAUUAUUUGAUCAGAAGUGUAUAGUUUAUAUAUAU